AUGGCAAACGAGAUGGGGUCUCGUUAUCAGUGCGAUAACAGCUUUUCAUUGUCUGUUGACAGCACACUGAGUGGGCAUAACUCAGACAUGAUCUGCCUUCCAUCAGUGGACAUACUCAGACAUGACAACCUAUCUUCCAUCAUCAUUUGUACGGAACCCUCUCUGGAGCCUCGCAAGAGCUACAACAUCACAGACCACCUCGAUGAUACCCUCGUCGAAUAUACCCCUGAUCAGAGUAUACCAGAAAAUCAUUCUGCUGUUGACCAAUGGUCAUCUCCUAAUCCAGGCUACAUGGGCUCGUCUCCUGCAUCCUUCGACUAUAUUGAGGAACAGUUUGGCAGAGGUCAUCAAUAUGAAUUACCGCCUGCUGAAUUGACUCCCUCACGGCUGAGGACAAAACUCAAGGCCACAAUGCAGGACACUGGUAUUGUCAAAGAUGCCUCUGCUCGAUGCCAGGCCUAUCAAAAUCCCUCUGCCGAGCCUUAG